CAGCGAGCGGAGCAGGCCGGGCGGGGGCUCGAGGCAGCGGCGGCCGCCAUCGCCAGAGGGAGCCCCGAGCGGGCGGCGGCGCUGCCUCCGGGACCCCCGGGGGCGCAGGGCCCCGCUCCGCCUCCCCUCACCCCCUGCCGCCCCCCGCCUCCCCCUCCUCGCCCCCCCGGCUUCCCACCACGGCCGCUCUCGGCGAGGAAACUCUGGCCUCCGCUUCCUCCUCCUCCGACUCGGACACCGGCGGAGCCUCCCCGCCCCCGCGGAAGAAAGCCCGGGCCUCCCCGGCGGCGGCGGCGGAGGGAGCAGGAGAGCCCGGGGCUUCCGCGGGCAGAGCAGGCCUCACCUUGUCCCAGUCCCCCUCGCUCCCCGCCGGGCUCGCCCCCGCCGCCGCCCCGCUCCGAGGCAGCAGCAGCAGCACGAGCAGCGGCGGCAGCGCCAUGCAGGCCAACGGGGCAGGAGGGGGCCAACAGCAGCAGCAACAGCCGCCGCAGGGCCCCGAGCUGGGCUGUCUGGGCGCCCAGAACGGCGAGGCCUCGGCGGGCACGGCCGCCGGCGAGCAGCUGGCCCACGCCAACGGGCUGCUGCCUUCGGCCAACAGCGGCGGCGGCAGCCCCGGCGGCCUCAGCGUCAACAACGGGGUGUCCGCCGCCGGGGGGCCCGGUACGGCCGCUGCGGAGCUGGGGGGCGGCGGCGGCAGCGCCCUGAAGAAGAAGAAGCGGCUCUCGCAGUCCGACGAGGACGUGAUCCGGCUGAUCGGGCAGCACCUCCACGGCCUGGGCCUCAACCAGACUGUUGAUCUUCUCAUGCAAGAGUCAGGAUGUCGUUUAGAACAUCCUUCUGCUACCAAAUUCCGCAAUCAUGUCAUGGAAGGAGAAUGGGAUAAGGCAGAGAACGACCUGAAUGAACUUAAGGCCUUAGUGCAUUCUCCGCAUGCAAUUGUGAGGAUGAAGUUUUUGCUGCUGCAGCAGAAGUACCUGGAGUACCUGGAGGAUGGCAAGGUCCUGGAGGCACUUCAAGUUCUACGCUGUGAACUGACGCCUCUGAAAUAUAAUACAGAACGCAUUCAUGUCCUCAGUGGGUAUCUGAUGUGUAGCCAUGCAGAAGACCUGCGUGCAAAAGCAGAGUGGGAAGGGAAAGGAACAGCUUCCAGGUCUAAACUUUUGGACAAACUCCAGACAUACCUACCCCCAUCAGUGAUGCUUCCUCCAAGGCGUUUACAGAACCUGCUACGUCAGGCUGUGGAACUACAACGGGACCGGUGCCUAUACCAUAAUACCAAACUAGAUAGUAAUCUAGAUUCUGUCUCGCUGCUUAUAGAUCAUGUUUGUAGUAGGAAACAGUUCCCUUGCUAUACACAGCAGAUCCUAACAGAGCACUGUAACGAAGUGUGGUUCUGUAAAUUCUCUAAUGAUGGCACUAAACUAGCAACAGGAUCCAAGGAUACAACUGUUAUUAUCUGGCAGGUUGAUCCAGAUACUCACCAGCUAAAACUACUUAAGACAUUAGAAGGUCACGCAUAUGGAGUCUCUUAUAUUGCUUGGAGUCCAGAUGACAACUAUCUUGUUGCCUGUGGCCCAGAUGAUUGUUCUGAGCUUUGGCUCUGGAAUGUACAAACUGGGGAGCUGAGGACAAAGAUGAGCCAAUCUCAUGAAGACAGUUUAACAAGCGUGGCCUGGAAUCCUGAUGGGAAGCGUUUUGUAACAGGAGGUCAGCGUGGACAGUUCUAUCAGUGUGACUUAGAUGGUAAUCUCCUUGACUCCUGGGAAGGGGUAAGAGUACAAUGCCUUUGGUGCUUGAGUGAUGGAAAAACUGUUUUAGCGUCGGACACACACCAGCGAAUUCGGGGUUAUAACUUUGAGGAUCUCACAGACAGGAACAUAGUACAAGAAGAUCACCCUAUAAUGUCGUUUACUAUUUCAAAAAAUGGCCGCUUAGCUUUGUUAAAUGUAGCAACUCAGGGAGUUCACUUAUGGGACUUACAAGACAGAGUUUUAGUGAGGAAGUAUCAAGGAGUUACACAAGGAUUUUACACAAUUCACUCAUGUUUUGGGGGUCAUAAUGAAGACUUCAUUGCGAGUGGCAGCGAAGAUCACAAAGUAUAUAUUUGGCACAAGCGUAGCGAGCUACCAAUUGCGGAGCUGACAGGGCACACACGUACUGUUAACUGUGUGAGCUGGAACCCGCAGAUUCCAUCCAUGAUGGCCAGCGCCUCUGAUGAUGGCACUGUUAGAAUAUGGGGACCAGCGCCUUUUGUAGACAACCAGGAUAUUGAAGAGGAAUGCAGUAGCAUGGAUAGUUGAUGGCGAAUUUGGAGCAGACGACUUCAGUUUAACUUAAUUAGUCGUAUUUUAAAUGGCUUGGGAUUUGGUGCAAACAAACAUGAUUGAUAGCUGGACAGACAUGCUCGUCAUGAAAAAGAACCAUUUCUGAAGCCCGGUUGGGGCCAAACAUUUACCACCUUGCUUCAUAGUAACCAGUCAAGAUGAAGCACGUCGUUAGAACGUUGUUGGACACCGUGUUGAAAUUACCCCCCCAUCGGUUGUGAAGAACUGUGCUACAUUCAGGCUAACCAUUGAACUCAGUAUAUAUUUUUCCCUCCUGCCUUUUUGUCUGGCAGGCUACUGUUCUUGUUGCUCUUCUGUGUAAUGAAGUUUAAAUGCUUGUUUGGAACACUUUAUUUAAGAGUUUAGAAGGCUUGAUAGAAAGAGUGCUUUAGUCUGAAGAGUAUACAUUGGAUAGGAAAGUAUUUCCUUCUCUUGUUUCUCAAAUCUCUCCGCCUUACUUAGCUUGAGAUCUUUGCAGCUUGGUUCAUGGAUUCUAGCCUUGCCCGUUGCGCAGUAUAUAUAAAUUGAGAUAAACCAAUGAACUAUGUCAAAAGCACUCUCAGUAUCACAUUUGACAAAAAGUUUUGUACUUUUCACAUAGCUCGUUGCCCUGCAAAAGGGGUUAACAGCACAAUUUUUUAAAAAUAAAUUAUUUAUAGGAUUAAAAUGACUUCAUUUGUAUACAUUUGGAAUUAAACCAAUGCAAGAAGAAAUGUGGAACGUGCUAUCACUGAUGCUCUUCCAGAGUGUCUUGACACCCAAUCAAAAGCAGUGGCUGGAAGGAGCUUUACUUGGGCAGCGAAGCUUGUUUCAGAAGGGAAGCUCACUGUCCGUAUGAAAAGAUAAAUUGUAUUAUUUAGGGAAACAAAGAAGUGUUCAGAGCACGCCAGGAGAUUAAGAGCUUAAACAAGACAAGGUCUUUUUUUGUUUUGUUUUAAUUAUAUAAAUAUAUGCAACAGUGCUGAUAAAAGGUAAACUAAACCUCAACAGAAGGAUGUGCUGAAUCCUUUCUUUGCAAAGUCAACCUUUUGUAGAAGUAAUUAACAUUCAAAUCGUAGAUAACUUGUUUUGCAAUGGAAAACUUUCUUUAUUGUUUGGUAAACAAAGAUGUUUAGACUUUGAGAAUAUACUUCUGAGUUUGCAGGCUUAAAAGUCUCUCCUGGACCUUGUUGCAAGCUGGUGCUGUGAACACGUUAAUGCUUUUCCUAACAGUUCCACUUACGUGCCAUGUUUAGCAAAAAGAGACAUCUAUAAUUGAAGCUUUCUUUUUUUUUCCAAUAAACAGAUGGCCUGGCAUCUCUAUGGUUCUGCACUACACACAAAUCCCUUGUGGGAUGGCACUGGAUUCCCUUUCCCACCUUGGGUAGAAAGGUAGCGUUGUUGGUGCUCUGAAGUAAGGAAGGAGCAGGAGGGGGCAUGCCACUAAGGGCGAUGUGAAUGGAAGUGUGAACUUACAGAUCCACAGUAAUCUAGUGACAUUAGUCAUGUGUGGAAGAAGGGCGAGGAAGGUUUGCCUGAGUUCCUGGGAAGAGCAAUGUAGCCACUUUGAUGAAUGGGAACGUGGUGCUUGACAUAAAUAGUCUUUUUGUUUUCUUCUCAAGAAAAAUAUAGUGAAGUUCAGCAGGUCAGAUUUUUCUUCUAGUUUCCAGUAAUUGGGUGGGUUGACUUAUUGAUUGGCUUUUUUUCCUUGCCCCGUGUGUAAUCUGCUAGACCAUUUAAGAUUCUGAUAUUCUCGUUGAAACCAGCUUUGAAGCUGACAUACUCACAUUCAGUAUCUCCAAAAUGAAGUAGGAGCUUAACAUUCUUCAGUUUAGUUCAUUUGUCUUAUGGUGAGUUGCUGAGACAGUAAUUACCAUUCCCAUGCAUUCUGGGAAGUGUGUGUGUGUGUAAACUGAAGACAAGUCAGUUCCUCUCUCGUUUUAGAGGAGCUGUUUCUGUUGCUAGUUGGACAGCAUGAGAUUAGUCAGCCUUGCUCCUGUGGCACUUGUGUCGCAGGAAAACAGAAUGUUUCCUUAAGGUCAAUUUCUAGUAAACCAAACUUCUGGUUUAAAAAAAACACCCCCCCCACACACCAAAAACAGUGUUUUACAUCUUCAAAACAUGGUAUAAUUCAUAAGCAAUGUUAGCAUGUGAAUCUUUAGAGGUUAUCCCUGUUCUGUCAUACUCUGAUUUUUAAAUGAAGUGUUACUUAGGGAGAGUAAAGGGGAGGGAGAACAGUUCUGGUUUGGAUGUCUCAUGCAACAAUCUGGCACUACUUUCUUGCUUACCUCAUGCUCAUUGGACAUCAGUGGGAACUUCAGGCAGGUAUUGAAGGCUGGACCAAAGUCUCAAGUUUAGACUGAAAGUCUCACAUGCAUUUCAAAAGGCAUUUUUCAUGUGGUUAGCAGUACCUAAAGCAAAGUGAGACUCCUUUCUUGGUACAAGCUAUGUGUGGGUACGUAUGAGCCGAUUUCUUUCUACUGCAAUGCAUUGUAAAUAAAAAUUGGUACCUAGUACUACUUCCAAAAUCUGACCUCUUCUGGAAUAGGUAUGUACCUCUAAAGAACGCCGCAGCUAUUUAGAAGGAAGUUAGGGACAAACAUGUUCUGAUAUCUCUGCUUUAAUUUAGUUUUGUGGCACAACUAUGCAACAUAAAGGAAGGCUCCUUUGUUGUACAGAUGGCAUUCAUUCUUUUCCAUGUCAGACCCACCAUAUUGCAUAGAUGUCUGCUUAUACCAGGUGGCGUGUGGAGGUGAGAGUAAUGUUUGUUUUACCACAGUACUUGGUCCCACAGUGAAGUUACACUACUGAUCCAGUUGUAGUGGGAACCAAUCUAACCUGGCAAUUAAAGAGAAACCCAGACUGUUUGUAACACGUCACGUAUUCACAGUGUGUCGACUGAAAAGUACCAAUACUUCUUGUGCACAGAUGAUAAUGUGAGACUAUGGGGGGGGAUGGAGGGGGGAACCAAGCUUGCUCAUUUGCAACACAUUGAUUUCCAUGUGCUUAAAAAUGUUUGUAGGCUGGAGUCAGGCUGGAACAACCACACACCUGCAAUAAACACUGUGUUUCUGAUGAACAGGCCUAUGAUUUUAGAGAGGAAAAUACUGUGAGUGCACUAUUCUUAUUUUCUUUGGUAAGCUCUCAGCUUAAUAUUUUUGCAGCAGCUGCCACAGGUAACUAUCAAGGCAGAUCUUAUCUUUUAAACAACAACAUAAAAGAGGAAAAAAGCUGAAGUGUUUUAUUAUCUGAAUGCUCAUUAGCUGUUCAGGUAAGUAACUUUCAAGGCACAAUGGAGCACAAAAGGGAAAACAAGCAGUGAUGGUAGAUUGGUCCUCGUUUGGGUGGGUUGGGUAGUGGGGGGAUGGGACACCUUUGUUUCAAAUUCUCCUUAUUUUCUCAAGUCCUUCAACUUUAAAGUUGACUUCAUUGUUAUGAUUAGAGCAAAGGUGCAAGCUAGAAAGCUCUCCUGAUCUUGCCAGUUACUUCUCAUCUUGGCUUCAAACAGGUAACGUUGAAUACAGCUCGGUAUGCUUGGGAGUUUGUGUCUAGCUGUCUAAGCAGCUCUCCCAUCCAGAAUCAGCUACGAAGGCUUCCAUAGUAGGAAACAAGGACUUGUACGAUUAGCUGUAGUUUGAAGGGGAAACGUAGACCCACGUGGGGAGGUAGAGAAAGAGGAAUGAAGAUUAAAAAGCUGGAUGUACUGACAAACUACUGUAACUCAAGGGGGAGGAGGAAAAAUGCACUUUCAAUAGUUUGUCCGUAUUUUUUUAGCUACAAAACACAGCGGUGUUUGCUGAACGGUUUUCUUGUUGCUGUUGUUGUUUUCUUUGAGAUAACUGAGGAACAUCCUUCCCAUUAAUAGCUCACCUUCCUUUUUUACCUCCUCCUGUCUUCUCCACGUUGGCUGGAGACUGUUUCCAGCUGCCAUACUUAAUUUUGAAAACCGUUCCUUUUAAAGAUACAUUGAAAGGACUCCUCAACUCCGACACUUUCUUAAACAGGGUGGACUGAAUUGAAGCGUGCAGUGUUGAACUGCUGCUGCGGUAGCUGCCUCUAUCGUUGAAAUGAACCGUAGGCGAGUUUCUUUGUGUGGAUCCAGGUUAUCUGGAUUCAAUAAAGAGUCCGUGAGAGUGUUCCUCCCAUCUGGUAUGAAUGUGUGCGUGCGUGUGUUCCACAUACAGACAUAGAACCGAAUGUUCUAGGUACCUGUCACGUUUUACUGCAUACUUUGAGUCGUGCGUAUGUGAAGCGUCCUCCGACCUGAAGGUUUUGGUUAAUAUCAGUAUAUUUUUAUAAAUUGGAAAUUUGUCGUGCCCCACCUUUUUCUUAAGCAUCUUUCAUCAUUAGGGUCUAUGCGCUAGACUUGAAUCUUAACAUUAUUAGGCACAGAUGGAAAAAGUUAUUGGCUCCUCGAAAACAUAUGGGACAAAAUGGAUCCUCAAAGCAUGUAUGUACUUACAAACCAAGCUGUAGAGAUCAAGAAAAGAACUCUAUUGUUGAUCUCAAGAUUUCUAAGUUGUCAAGGUUUAUAUGGAGUUGUGGUGGAACUAGUUAACACUUAGAGCUUUUGGUAUGUAAUGACUAUUUGCUAUGGACUGAUAUUAAAUGUUUCAAAGGAUUGCGUUCUUAAACUUUCUGGAUUUUUUUUUUUUUUGUUACUCUCCUUGGAUUAUAUUAAGUAGUUAAAAUUUCUUUGCUAUAUUACAUUAAAAACAUAAGAACUUUGGGUCUCGUAUUUAUUUUCACUCGGUUUACUAAUUAUUUACAGAACACCGUUUUAACUUUUUUAUGUUAGAAACGUGUAGUAUUUUAAACAUAUCUUUACAAAUGGUUGGAUUGGAACUACAUCCGCUUCUGAUUUGUUUUUAUUAGGUUUUUUAAACAAACAAACAAACAAUACACUUUUUCCAUGUUGGUGCGCAGCACUUAACAGAAAUGUUUGUAUUCCCUUUCUUUCAAUUCAAUAAACAGAAUAAAUAACUGGAA